AUGCUGCAGGAAGAAUGUGAGAAGGAAAAGCUUCCAGUAAAUGAGCUAUACACUGAAGACAAAUUGAAGACGGGAAAUCGUAAAAGAAGGAAAGAAGCAGAAGAUACCGAAGAAAGAGAGGAAUCCAAAAAAAGGCGAUUGACGACUGUAGCACCAGCACGGGACAUAUCUGACGUUGAUGUGCCAAUGAACAUUGCAACAGAGAUCCGCCACGGUGUGCGUUAUCUGGCUCCUUAUUGGGCUGUAUAUCGCACCAGAACCAAGGGAAGAUGGAUUGGACGAAAAAUGGUUGAUGUGUUUGCUCAAGAGUUUCUCUCUCUCAACGAAAAUUAUCCGAAAAUUGCCUGCAAACUGGGCCGAAUCUACGUUAAUGGCAAGCAGAUGUUGGAUGUGGACUACGUGCUGAAGAACGGUGACUCUAUCCACCACUGGGGACAUCGACACGAACAUCCAAUACGCGAUCUUCCUCUCAAAAUAAUUUGCGAAACGGAUGAUCUGCUGGUUAUUGAUAAACCUCCCUCUUUACCUGUGCAUGCUUGUGGGCAAUACGCUGUUCAUACCGUGUUGGGCCAACUACGAGUUAAUCACAAUCGGACAGGACUUCGAGUGCUUCACCGGCUGGAUAGAGCCACUUCUGGUGUUCUGAUGUUUGCGAAAAACUAUAAAACUGAUCUGGAGUUCAAAAAGACCUUAAAAAAUGGCAACUGGUCGAAGGAGUAUAUAUGCUUGGUUGAAGGAGACUUUCCGGAUGAAGAGAUAGAAUGCAAUGAAUCUAUCGGCACUCUCGUCGUUAGUAUGGGCAUCCAGUGUAUACGACCUGAUGGGAAACCAGCUCGAAGUCGAUUCAGGAAAUUAUGGUCAGACGGAAACCGAUCUGUGGUUUCCGUUAAUAUAUACACGGGGCGCACGCAUCAGAUCCGUGUACAUGCUCAGUUUUUGGGUUAUCCUAUUGUUGGGGAUCAAAUAUAUAAUUCCUUCGUAUGGGGGAAAUCGAAAGGAAAAGCUGGUGACUAUGGUAAAUCUUAUGAAGAAUUAUGCAUUGAUGUGCGAGAGGCCCAUCGUGGCUCCAACUGGCACGAGACUGUUAAUCAGGACUACGAGUCGAGAAUGGAAAGAAUGGCCAAUGAGAACUUAGAUCCUGAACCAUUCGACUAUGAAAGCCAAGAUCGGCCGUCAUACGACCCUAUUUGUUUAAACUGCAAUGUUGUCAAGAAACGGGUUCCGCUCGACCACUUUCAACUUUUUUUACACUGCCUCAGAUACUCAACAGAGAAUUGGAGCUACAGCACCCCACUCCCAGACUGGGCCACGAAACCAGCGGCGAGUUGA